AUGCCCUUACCUGCACGCCCGACCGGGCCAGUUCCCCCAUCUGAUCUACUUUGGCGGCACGAGCUACAGGGACACAAUGACACGCUCCUCCGCCGAAUGAACGCCCUCGAAGCGAAGUUCACCGACCAAGAGAGGCGUGUCCAGGUAGCGGAAGAAGCGGCGACGACUUGUACCAGCAUGGCAGGAGAAUUCAGCCUCAUCAAGCACGACGUCGACCAGAUCGAGGCAAAGCAGCAGGAAUUUAUGAGCGGCGUGCACAAGCGGCUCGUCGACAUGGACAAGGACAUGGGGGAGUUUCGGAAGACGCAGGAGAGGGUGCAGAAGCUCAUGUCAUCGUAUCGGGAGCUGGAUGACAGCAUCGUGGACCUGUCCACGCUCGGUCCGCGGGUGGAGAGUGCUGAGAGAGAGAUUCAGGGCUUGAAGAACAGCGUGGGUCGGAAGCACGUUCAUGAGAUGGAGAGUCUUGAUGCUCGACUGGAGAUGCUGGAGCUUCAGAGGUCACGGGAGGCUGCACAGAUUCGGAACAUGCAGGAAGAGUUCUCAAAGAAAUACAGUGGCGACUUGCAAACGUUGCGGACAGAAGUGGCGAAGUUGACGGCGACCGGGAGGACUGCGGAAGUCCAGCAGCCGUAUAUACAAGUGCCGAGGAGUCCUGACAUGUUAUCAAGGCCAACAAACUCAGCUACAACCCCGAACCAUCCUGCCAAUGGCUGUGCGAACAUAUCUACUUCCCGGGCACAGGUCUUGCACCAGACAGCACGCAAUCCUCCGUCGAAGGCACAGCAAGCACCUCGAGAGGUAGAGACGCAAGGUACUACGCAGACCAGUGCGCCGGCUGGGGACAUUGAGAGCCUCGACUUGGAUGCGACCUUCAUACCCUUUGUCCCUCCGAGCAAUCCAAAUUCGCCACCCUCACACUUAGGUCCGGAAAAAAAGCCCACGGAGACUCACACAAGGCCUCAGCCAAAAGCUCAGUCAAAAGCACGUCCUGAGAAACACUCGAGAACGCAAACAAGAUUUCUACCGAAGAAUUUAUCAACCCCCCAAACAAUGGUCCAGUCUAGGUCAGAAAAGCAGCCCAAGAUGCAGCCCCCAAUCGUCGCCAAUCGGGGACCCAAACCAGCACCAAAACCGUUACCCAGCAAGGUAGUCAAACUCCCGGCCAGUAUGAGCAAGAAGCGAUCAGGCUCCCCAAUCUCAACACCGAGACCUGCCAAAGAGCCUCAUGUGGCGUCUUCCUCACGCCAACAGGUCAACCCAGCCCAAAAAGACCAAGGCAAAUCACGGGAGAAGCAACAGCAGCAACAGCCAGCCCGGAGGAGUCGUCGAAGGUCAGCCAAUGCCACAUUUUAUGAGCUUGGAUGGGACCAGACCCAGCAGCCACAGAAGACGGCGGGUCCGGUCUAUGGCAGCACCUCUAGAACUACGAAGGGGUUGAAGACGAAACCACGUCGGCUGCCCCCUGUUCCAGAUGAAUGA